AUGUUUCUCACUGAUGAUGCAAUAUUAACUCGAAUUGACUUUCAAUGGAGGAAAAUCCAUACAAUUCAGUGGAAAGAAACUUCCAGCACAAUAAACCCGUGGAUGGAUGUAGCUCAAUACCGAGAUGCUGCCAGAGAAAAUCCCUUUCAAGACUUGGUCAAUUUUGUUUUAAAAUUCUUUUUAUUACCUCACUCAAACGCAGAAGUAGAGCGUUUAUUUAGUCAGAUGAAUAUUGUUAAGACCAAACUGCGGAAUAGAUUGAACAGUUCACUCAGUAGUGUAUUAACGAUUAGAUAUGGUUUGAAAAGAUUAGGGAAAUGCAGCUAUGAUUAUGAAUUGCCAGCAAAUGUCAUUCGAAAAACAGGCACUAUGAAAUCAUAUCAACAUUUACAGUUCGAAGCAGGACCAUCUUUUGAACACAAUGAAGAAAUUGAAGAAGUAAUGGAAUUUAGCGACGAAUGGACUUUUUGA